AUGGUGGCAUUUAUUUUCAUGAACUUUCCUUCAGUAGCUGCUCUUGAUAAAAGAGGUUUAAGAUUCGGAUUAGUAAUUGGGUCUUUACUGACAGCAAUUGGUUGCUGGUUUAGAUGUUUCUUGAACUAUAGUUUUUGGUUUGCAAUAGUUGGAUAAACUAUAAUGGCUAUCGCCUAGCCCUUCCUGAUUAAUGCACCUGGUAAAGUAUCAGGAAACUGGUUUGGUGAGAAAGAGAGGAUAUAUACAACUGCUAUAGGUGUGAAUGCAAAUAUCCUCGGUAAUUCUUUAGGAUAUUUUUUACCUUCACUAUUUGUAAAAAAUUCAGAUUUAUAAGAUCCUGAAAGUGCUAAAACCCAUGUAUUUCAAACAGUUUUAGUAACAGCAAUUAUUUCCACAGUAGUUUUAAUCCCUAUUCUAUUAUCAUUUCAAGAUAAGCCUCCAACUCCAGCAUCCUAUGAUUAAUAGGAUGCGAACUUAACUACAUUGAAGAAAGACUUUGUAGAUUUGAUGAAAAACAAAGGAUUUAUGCUUGCUAGUUUAUCAAAUGGCAUGAAUAUAACAUACUUUAAUGGAAUUGGAACUGUGCUAGCAUAAAUGGCUAAUAUCUACGGUUUUAGUGAUAUUGAGGCUUCCUAUUUAGGUACAGCCUAUUAAGUAGUUGGCAUAUUGGCUUUCAUACUGUCAUACUUCGCAUUGAUAAGCGGGAAUUAUGCAUUCUUGAUGACAGCUAUUUGUCUAACAGGUUAUUUUAAUUUGAGUAUUAUGGCUGUUGCUUUUGAACAAGGUAUAGAGCUUUCAUAUCCUAUCGGUGAAGCAACCUCUGGAGGAAUUUUCAAUAUUCUCAAUAACAUUUUUGGAUUUAUACUAAUUUUGAUUCUGACCCCUAUUUUAAAUAACAACGAAAAGAAAGAUGUUUUAAUUUCAUUUAUCAUUUUAGGCAGUUGCUUAGUUGCUGCUUUUAUUUUUAUGGCUGUUGGUAAAUUUGAACUGAAAAGAACUUAGUAUUAUGAGGCUUAAAAAGAUUUGAAAUCUUAAGCAUAAUCUGAUUUAAAACAUUAGAGUUAUUCACAAAAGGGUUUUGGGUUCUCAAGCGAAAUCAUAUCUGAGGAACCAUUCCAAACUUCUAGUUAAGGUAUGAAAUAGUGA